UCUUCUUGAAAAUAUAUGAUUUUAUAGCAAAUGACAAUGUCCUAUGGUUUUUUUUUUUUAAUUGCUUUGACAGUAGGUUCCUGAAGUAAAAUCUCCCCGGAAUGGAACCUAAUUAAAUUUACUAUACUCGUCAUAUUCGUUAUAGUGAGUUGCGACCUGUUUGUACGGAUCGAGGUACGUGAAUUUGUAACUAUUUCGAUGAUAAAUUAUUACAUUGUCUUAAAUUAAUAAUAAUUAUAAUUAUACCUCAUAUUUCUACGGUCGCUGACAGGGCCAUGGGUGAGUUGCGGCCUGACAUGUCACGUUGUGUCACGACAUGUCGUGUUGGAGACCGGUGAAUUGCGGCCCGGGAAAUUUAUUUAUUUUGUGCCGGCAGUAUCGGCAGUAUAUAGGAUGACUUUUUAGCAUCACUGCCCGCUAAAGAUGAUCGGGUUGUACAAUUUACCGACUAUGUUAUCGAAAACUAUAUAUCCCUAGAUGCCAUAUUUCCCCCAAAUAAUUGGGCACAGUUUUCUGCUAGCUGUAACCGUACGACUAACGGCUGUGGAAGUUUUCAUUCACACCUAAAUUCAUCGUUCUACUCUAGUAGAAAUUCAAUCAGAAACGGAUAUCAAAUGUAGAAGCAAUUUAAGUAGGUAUAUUUAAUGAUUCAAAAAAUCCUAUUUUCAUUAAGGAAAAAGCGGGUGAGUAUGCUCGGUGAAGCACCAUGCCAUUAUCUAAUAAUAUUGUGUGCAUGCAUGUAGAUUUAAAAUUAAAUUCAAUGUGAACCUAUCAGUAGCGCAACUAGAAAUAUCCCUUGGGGGGGGGAGGGGCAUUUGUGUUAUCAUAUUAAUAAUAAAAUGUAAUAUUAAAUAUGAUAUAAAAUUACAAAAUAAAGUCUAAAUGACGCUUCGAAUUUGAUAGACACUAAGACACUGUAUUACUUCUUCAGACUUGACGUUAAUAUCAUAGUGGAUAUUGAGAGCAGCUAGUUCAUUCAAUCUCGAUUCGGAAGUAGAGUUUCUUAAGUAAGUUUUAAACGUUAAAAAGUAAACACGUUUAGGGUAAAAUAUGUCUAUAAUCACAGUUAAAAUGGUUGGUAGCACUAUUUUGAUUUUCGAUUCUCGGGCAUAGACAUAUAUGAUAUAAAUAAAUAAAUUAUUAAUAUGUCUAUGUUCUCGGGUCAUUAUAAUUUUUCCAUAGAGUAAUAUUACUCUCUGCAUUUUUCGGACGACUGCUUAUCCCUCGGUCCGUGGAUAUCACGGACUAAGUUAAAAGAAAAUGACAAUAUGUGAUAACUGAUUAACGGUUUGUUAACAAAAUUAUUUAGUUAGUAAAGUUAACUAAAUUUAUUAUAUAAUAUAUUAUUAUAUUCCUAACUGAAUUAAAAAGUGUUCCAUUUUGAAAUACUCAAGGAGGGGAUCUGGACCGGGGAUCCCCCCUCUCCUUGGUUGCGCCACUGGAACUUAUUUUUAAUUGUUCAAAAAAAUAAUAAAUAAUAAUAAUAAUAAUAACAAUAAUAUGUUUAAAAUCGUUUUCGUAUACUGGCUCGAAUCGGUAAACAUGACAACGUAUAUUUUAUUGUUUUAUUGUCAAGCCUUAAAAAAUUUUAACCAAAUCGGUAUCAUUUGUUAUUCUCACGUCCUCGCGGUGACUUCGCUCUCAAAAUAAUUUCUCUUUCGACGAUACCUAUAGUAAGCAUCACAAUGUACGCCACCGCUAUGUCUUUCGCCGUCCGGUGCGUGGCCAUUUUCAUACUGUUGACCUUCCGCAAGGUGAGGGACAUCCUCCGCCAGUGGUACGAGGAUAAGCUCGCACUGGAAGUAUCCACCCCACGUUUUGAUCUGGAUUUCCGCUGCCCAUCGGAGGACACGGCGGACGACGUCGUGCAGCUCCCGAAGCAGACGCUCCGGGCGAAUCCGGCGAGACGGCCGAGUCCACGCAAGUGGAUUGUCCGUGGAUUGCAGUGUCUCCACCACCACGGUUCUAUGUGGGCCCGGCCAUGUUCAUGACCUGGCAGCCACCGACUCCGAGCGUGGAAACACUCGUGGCUGCGGACUUCGGUUUUCCGCCGCCACCUCCGCCGGAAUAUUACGUUGGGCCGACCUGGUUCGACGUUUACGGACCGCCACCGGAAGCGUGUUGCGUGGCCGCGUCGAAGUUCUCGUACGCACCCCCACCGAUCCCCGCGAUGAUCCGGAUCCGGAAAUAAAAACGGGUCGUCGUCGCGAUGCUUACGGUUGUAAUCAGUUGUGAACGUAUACCGCACACGUUAAUUUUUCAUAUACCUAACUUUUGUACAUUUUGUAAUUCUUGUAAAAUGUAAUUUUUCAACCUCUGCGGGCGCCGUUGCGAUACUCACGGCCGCCUGUAAAUUUAAAUUGUAAAUUAUCUAACCACGUGUUCAUGUAUAUACACUUUUGUUCAUUUUGUAAAUAACGAUUGUUGUAUAAUAUAUUCUUGUAAUAUAAUUAUUUUCUUAAAAUUAUAAAAUUGUAUAGCUUAAUAAUGUAAAAAGUAAAAUAUAUA